AUGGGAUCCACAGCUGAAGGGGGUCCCCCUGCCCUGUUUGAUUGGUUCUUCGAAGCAGCCUACCCUGCCUCCCUGCAGGAAGAUCCCCCCAUCCUGCGCCAGUUCCCCCCAGACUUCCAGGACCAGGAGUCUAUGCAGAUGGUGCCUAAAUUCUGCUUCCCUUUUGAUGUGGAAAGGGAGCCCCCCAGCACCGCUGUACAGCAUUUCACCUUCGCGCUCACGGAUCUGACCGGCACCCGCAGGUUUGGUUUCUGCCGCCUGCGGGCUGGUGCUCUCAGCUGUCUCUGCAUCCUCAGCCACCUGCCUUGGUUUGAGGUAUUCUACAAGCUGCUGAACACAGUGGGGGACCUCCUGGCUCAAGACCAAGUCUCAGAGGUGGACGAACUUCUUCUAAAUCUCCUGCAGCAGCCCCUUCCUGGGACCCAGGCCUCAGUAGGUCUGGACCUGGGCAGUGGAGUAAGGAUUGCCAGUGCACAAGGCCUGCAGUCCCCUGUCCCUGGGAAGAACACGUCGCUUUCCUGCUUCGUGGCUCCCGACUCCGGCCGCCUGCCAUCCAUUCCUGAGAACAGGAACCUAACGGAGCUGGUGGUGGCGGUGACCGACGAGAACAUCGUGGGACUGUUCGCCGCCCUCCUGGCAGAGCGAAGGGUCCUGCUCACGUCUAGCAAACUGAGCACACUGACCUCCUGUGUCCACGCGUCCUGUGCUCUCCUGUAUCCCAUGCGCUGGGAGCACGUGCUGAUCCCCACGCUGCCGCCGCAUUUACUGGACUACUGCUGCGCGCCUAUGCCCUACCUCAUCGGAGUGCACGCCAGUCUCGCUGAGAGAGUGCGGGAGAAAGCCCUGGAGGACGUCGUGAUGAUGAACGUGGACUCCAAUACCUUGGAGACACCCUUCGACGACGUGCAGGCGCUGCCCCCAGACGUGGUGUCUCUACUGAGGCUGCGGCUAAGGAAGGUCGCUCUGGCCCCUGGGGAAGGGGUGUCCCGUCUCUUCCUCAAAGCUCAGGCCCUGCUCUUCGGAGGGUACCGCGAUGCGCUCGUCUGCAGCCCGGGCCAGCCUGUCACCUUCAGUGAAGAAGCCUUCUUGGCCCAGAAACCCGGGGCGCCGCUGCAGGCCUUCCACCGGCGGGCUGUGCACCUGCAGCUGUUCAAACAGUUCAUCGAAGGCCGACUGGAGAAGCUAAACACGGGUGAAGGCUUCUCAGACCUCUUUGAGCAGGAGAUCACUUGUAGUGGGGCCUCCUCAGGGACACUCCGAUCCUACCAGCUUUGGGCAGACAACCUGAAGAAAGGUGGUGGCGCCCUUCUGCACUCCGUCAAGGCCAAGACCCAACCAGCUGUCAGGAACAUGUACCGCUCGGCAAAGAGCGGCUUGAAGGGUGUGCAGAGUCUUCUCAUGUACAAGGAAGGGGACUCUGGCCUGCAGAGGGGGGGCUCCUUGAGGGCCCCUUCCCUCACCAGCCGCUCAGAUCGUCUGCAGCAGCGCCUGCCUAUCACCCAGCACUUUGGACAGAACCGGCCCCUUCGCCCUAGGAGUCGCCCCAGCAGGAGACUCAGGCUGGAAGAGAAGCCCUCUGAGUCCCUGGAAGAGACGACACCCUCCCUGAGCCCAGAGGAUGCUCAGGACCCGUGGGCAGAGGAAGCGCUGGACAGCAGCUUCCUGGGGUCUGGAGAAGAACUGGAUUUGCUAAGUGAGAUAUUGGAUAGCCUGAGCACGAGAGCCACGCGGACUGGUAGCCUGCGGCCCAGCCAGAGUUUAGACUGCUGCCACAGAGAGGACUUGGACAGCUGCCUCAGCCUGCCUGACAUACCCGGAAGAUCGAGUUGGCAAGCAGAUGACGACAAACCUCCAGAGCCCCAGCCCCUGUCCCUGCUGCCUCUGCACACCCCUCAGCCUUUGGAUGCCACAAGCUCCGGGAAGCACCCCACUUGCCAACUGCCUUCAGAGGCCAGCCCAGAAAUUGAGUCUCCAUCCCAGUCUUUGACAGCUUCUGCAGGCCCCAGCAGCAAAGGGUACCCUGGAUCCUCUCCCACUGAGCCCCAGCCUCUCCGCUUCUCCCCUCCCCAUGAAGCAAUUGAAGAUCCCACAGCCCAGGAGGAGCCCUGCUCCCAGCUCUUGGCAGCACCCAGCCAGCCCAGCCCUCCAGAAAGCCCCCGACCUGAGCCCAACUUGGGUGUUACCUGGACAUCCCAAGCCCUUGAUUCUUUCUCGGAUCUGGGUUCCUCAGAGAACCCCAGAGCCCUGCCUUCAGAGGGCCUGCCCGCAGUUCACCUCCAGCCCCUCGAGGAGCCAGAAGCCCCCAGGUCCUCAGCUUCACCUGCAAGCAACUGGCAGGAGCCCCAGGCCAGGAGUGGGCCCAGAGUCGCUGAGCUUAAAAAGUGUUUUGAAGGUUAA